UGGAGUGAACAACAAACCGUUUCAUUUAAAGGUAAGUAUGGGCUUCAGGCAGACCACCACAGCCCCAUCCAGCAGCCUGGGCUUUGGGGAGACCACUGAGGAUACCAUGAUAGACGCCUACUCCCUGUCGCACACUGACAGCACCACCAACGCGAGCAACACCUACUCCAUAUGGGAACUACACCCUUGACUACAGCCAAUGCUUCACGUCUGCCAGUGCUGCCUGUCUGAGAAGGGCCCCAGGGGGAGAGGGGACCCGAGGGCCGGGAGGAGAGAAGGGACUUCCAGGUUUACCUGGAGAGAAGGGGUUGUUGGACUCAUGGGAACUUGUGGACUGGAUAGAAUGGCUGGAGCAACUGGACUGGAAGGAGAUAAAGGUGAGAAAGGAGAUCAAGGAAACAUGGGGAUGCCUGGUACUCUGGGGCUACUUGGGAGACAGGGAGAGAAAGGUCUACAAUACUCCCUAGAUUUCAUCAGAGUAAUGUGUAGUACCACUAGCAUCAUGGAGUAACAAUACAGAGUAACAUGACGAAAUGCUAGUGAUAGAAAAUAGUAGUGUUCUUAGACUGAAUGUAAACUGUUGUUUCACUAUCAAAGAAUUUCUUGCCACAGUAAGUAGUGGUGUAAAGUACUUAAGUAAAAAUACUUUAUGCUUAAGUAGUAUCUGUACUUAACUAUUAACA